AUGUCACCUGCUUCCUGGCCAACAUGGCCAUGUUCUUUCUUGCCCGAACUGAAAGCUUCAACCAUUACGUCGAUACCUGGUGGGAUGACCAACAAGCUCUGUAUCAAGUUCAGUCUGAUAUGCCCUUUUUCGCUGGCCGCUACCGAGUACGGCUUCGAGUGCUACUGUGGCGAUGUGCUGGUGGACUCUUGGUUGAUGGGUGAUGAUUCGGACUGCAACAAGCCGCGCCAUGCUGUUGCGACAGGCAAUCGCGAUUGCGAAUGGGCGAUGAGUCUCUGGAACGCCGACGAUGGCAAAGUCCCCAAGGUUUUCGGUCCUCAAGAGCAUUUCGUGCCUCCCACCCUUGCUCCUGGUGAAAUUGACGUCCUUGCCUACGUGGGUGGCCUGCGACAGACUGCUGUAUUGGUUGCAACUCCGGUAUAUGAGUGGCCGGCUGGGAGUCAUACACCCUCGUCGUCGUCUUCAUAUGCUUCAAAUAUCGACAUGGCAGCUCUUGCAGCCAGCGUCCACGCCAUUGUAUCAGCUGCCAUGAAGCAGGCACAACGGCUUGUGGUAUCGGAAGUUUGGAGAAAAGUCCAUGGGGACCUUACAGAAAGGGUCGCCAAAGCAGCUAUUGAGAGCACUACCGCCACCACAUUCAGCACGACAAGGACGCUCACGACUACUAUUACAUGCACCGAGUCUACUAGUUCAUUAGUGACGAGCAAUUCACCGACAUCGUUGAUAACCUCCCAUCUGUAG